CUCCGAUUUCCGCAAGGUAGCUGACGUGAAUAUGACUCGACGGAUCGCCACUUCAGCUUCGAGAAGACAUCUCUGUGAAUUUAGGAUAUAAUUGCAACUAUCCGCCCACUUCCUCUUCACCUUUCUUUGUCAAUACAGAUCCCCAUUCCCAGUGCAGUCCGCUCAUUAACGCAACUAUGGCUCCCCAUGCUGAAGACCCUGUGCAACUCGAUAACUACACCUCUAGCAAACUCGUGUUGCCGACUAAAUACGCUCCAGUCAAAGCAGCACCAUCGAGGGUCAACGAAUAUGAACCAGGACGCACUGCGGUUGAAUCUCAUGAUAACUAUGAAUUUGACUACCUUCUACCACGAUUCCCAGAUGUGAAAUGGGCCCCAUUGACAGACACUCCCUACGAGGAAAAAGGUCUUCUUGGAGAUCCCAAGUUCCGGAAUCUUCUCAAAGAUGCCACCGAUAUUGUGGACUAUGUUCCAAAGAUUGGAACUGAAAUCUCAGGAAUCAAUCUCAAGACGUUGACCGAUGCUCAAAAGUACGAUCUGGCUAGGUUGAUUGCCACUCGAGGGGUGGUCUUCUUCAGAAACCAGAAGGAUUUCGAUAUCGAUUCUCAGCGAGAACUGGGCAAGUUCUUCGGAACCUUGCACAGACAUGCAACGACAUGUGUUCCUCAGCGAGAGGGUUUGGAGGAUGUCCACGUCAUCUAUACCACAGAUAAAUCACUUGAUCAGCGGGCACUGUUCGCCCCCUCGUUUCUCUGGCAUUCCGAUGUGACCUACGAAGUUCAACCUCCAUCAUAUACAUCAUUAAAAGUUUUGACCGGUCCACCUCGAGGAGGUGGAGGAGAUACAUUGUGGUGCUCACAAUAUGCCAUUUAUGAUGCCCUGUCUCGGCCAAUGCAAAUCUACCUGGAGGGCUUGACCGCUCUACACUCGGCAGAGGAGCAAGCCAACGGCUCACGCAGGGCAGGUCGUCCGGUGCGGCGAGAUCCAGUGGUCACCGAACACCCUCUUAUCCGAGUCAACCCCGUCACAGGCUGGAAGGCGGUGUUCUUCAACCCAGGGUUUGUGACCAAGAUUGUGGGAAUUCCUCGAGCGGAAAGUGACGCCAUCAUUCGAUAUCUCAAUGACUUGGUUGUUUCAACUCAAGAAGCCCAUGUUCGCUUUCAAUGGGGGAAGCAUGAUGUGGCAUUUUGGGACAAUCGAUCAACUAUUCACUCAGCAUCUUUUGGAUUUAUGCCCCAUCGACGACAUGGAGUGAGAGUGGCCACCACAGCAGAGAAACCAUGCUAUAGCGCGGAUGGCAAGUCUCAGGAGGAGGAGUUUAAUGCUAAAUGGGGACUGCCUCAGGUGAACAAGGACGGGGCCAGGCAAUCCAACUAUAAUGACUGAUCUUGGAGAAAUGAUAUUAUGAAGGAAUGAGAUGUGUGUUUAUGGAGUCGGAUGAACAUUGUCUUAAUUCUACAGUCCAUCUAUGUAAGUACCGUACCGAGUAUCUUUAUACUAGGAAUGGAUCCUUUUUGAUGGCAGGAGCGGCCACGGAUCAUCGGU